AUGAGCUCAUGGCGUCUCUUCAUAUUGUGUGGCGUUGCUGUGUGCGGCCAAGACGAGGAUGUUCAAGAAGAACUCGGCAAUGGCCUGUGCUGGUACAACAGUGAUCGAAGCUUCCAUCGCUGCUGCGUUGAAGCCGACCCUGAUUGUUGGAAAGGCAUCUGGAUUAUUGAGGAGCUUUGCUGCCAUCCUCUCACACAGCAGCACCUUGAAUGUUUCGCCUCCAUAGAGAAUCGUGUGGAAAGGAAGCUUAGCACUCUGAAAACACUUCUGGAUCAAGCUGACGAAGCAGACUACCUACAAUCAGCAGUUUUCAGCUACGAGGUGUCGCUUGCUCAGCCACUUGGAAUGUGGGCAUGGGCAUGCAGUGUGCCUGACUCGCCCAUGAUCUGGAGCCCCAACUGUGGCUGCUGCGAGCCAGCGGAAGUUUACUGUGAGGACAGAUCCCUCCGACCCCCUGAGGAAGAAAUUUGGGACGAGUUCGCCCGCUGCUGCUUUCCUGUCUACUCGCGGAAAACCUUCGCACACCUUCCGGAUGAUCUACGGGAAAGCAUGACCUCUCAGCUUGAAGCCCUGAGACCACGCAGGGACAGCAUAGUAAAGCGGGGGCCGCAACUGCACUGGGACCUAAGCACGGAAACGCAUGUCAACGGUUGCCUGAUCUCAGUUCAUGAGGAUGGGACCGUGUCAUCAUGUCCAGAGAGCCAUGCUUGCCACGGAUUUGACUGCUCAUACUUGCGAGCUGUCCUCCUUGCCUUGAAUGUUAUCCAGUCGACGAGGCCUCUGCCCAAAUUGAGCUUCGUUUUAAAUGCCGCCGACGACGUGGUGGACCAUGCUCUUCCCGAAGUGCCGGUGUUUACUCGGGUGGGGACGCGCUGGACCUCCACGAUCGUGCUGCCUUCCGAGUGGCAGAUGCACCCCGCGCAGUGUCACCGAAAGUUGAAGGAGGGCAUGGUGGCGAUGGAAAGGUUUAGAUGGGAGGACCGAAAAGCGGUCUUGAUUUGGCGAGGGACGCAUUCGAACCUCUGGGCUGAGGAUUGCAAAGCAGCGCCUGUUGCAAGAGACCCGGCAAUGAUGGCGAAAUGCGUGACUUUGCCACAGGGCGAGAGGCAGCCGGUUUGGAAUUUCACCACAUGGCUGCAGCUGCCACGUGGUCGCCUAGUCUGGCUCAGCCGCUUCGUUCCUUUUAUUGAUGCCAAAUUUGUGGAGUCUUCGACGGUGUACCGGAUGGCGGAGGACUUAGAAGAGUUCUUGCGGGAUGAGGAGCUGAUCGCCCCACGGAUUCAGUCUGAGGCAUUUGGUAAGUACAAGUAUCAGAUUGCCAUCGAGGGCAAUUCUGCUGCUGAUCGACUGUCCUGGCAGCUCUUCAUGGGUGCCCUGGUACUUAUCCCAGACCAGCCUUGGCAACUCAUGGCACCAAUGAAUCUUCUGCAGCCAUGGGUCCACUUCGUCCCGGUGUCGUAUGAUCUCAGCGACUUGGUGGAUCGUCUGCUUUGGCUCAUCGCACACGAUGCGGAAGCAAAGAUCAUUGCCCAGAAUGGCCUUGUUUUUGCGCACCGUAGCGGCCACAGUGACGACUACAUCCACUACGUCGACCGAAUGCUUCGAACGCCCCUCGACUGCCUGUGGCACUACAACCUUUACUCGAUACGCAUAUUUAAGACUUGCAAUGCUUGCGAUGCGGGUACCUUCAUGCUGCGGCACAUCUGCAUAACGAGUCUGACACGCCGGUUCACUGCGUCUCCAAGGAUAUAUGGCCGAGCCCUGGGCAUAGUCCGCGUCGUACCUGCGUGUCGAACACUUGAGGCGGUGUGCAGGCACAGGUUUGAUUGGGCUGGCAGCAGCGUUGCCGCAGAUCCACUGUCGAGCACCUGCCUGUGCGCAAGUGGCACUUCACGCGGAGUGGUAGAGCUCCUGUUGCCACAUUUGGGUUCGAUUCAGCCGAGCGGGCCGAGCGUCGGGGCGCUGUCCGUGUCGGGCCUGGCCACGAAGAUGGAUUCUCUAGCGCUCCUGACGAGGAGGCAGAUUCAUCGCCACUUCUCCGAUGUACCUCGGCCUUUUAUUUUCUUGCGAGCGCAAAUUUGCAGAGCUGGGCAGCAUGGCCACAACCCAGUUGAAGCAGACUUCGAAGGCAUUGGGCAUACGUGCAUUUCUAUUCUGUCCGACUAUGUGAAUCUCCGCCUCCAGCGGCAAUUUGCCGAUACAGAAAAGGCAAACUGCUACAGCAACGCAGGUGCGCACCUGCCGGACGAAAAGUGCUUCUCUGCCUGUGGAUUCAACCUUCAUUACAGUGAGCAGAGAGCUUGCGAUGCCAAGUCUCAGCAAUGUGAUGGCCUGAUCCUAGAAUGCCCUGAAUCGCGUCGAUGGCAAGUUCCCACGCACGGCUUCAGCCAUCUGGGUCCUCUCACCAUGAAGCAGGCGCUCCGAUGGGCUGCAGAAGAGCUUCAUUUGCUGCUAAACCGCCCGGCAGGCUCCUGCGCCGAAGAGUUGCUGGCCGCUGAGAAGGCCUCUGCCUCUGCGGGAUCUGCAGAUGAGCUGGCAGAGGCGAGCCUGGCCAUUGCCGAGGCGACCUUGUCCACGAGGGGACCGGGGAGCAGCUUUGAGGAAGCCCUGAAGAAGGCCCGCGAAGCAGCUUCAGAUGUGCGGCUUGAGGGACGCACGUUGCAAGUACAAGCCCGCGCAGCCUUGGCAAGGCAACGGCCAGACCAAGCCCUGGAGUUUGCCAUGAGCAUGCUCGAACUCCAGGGGAACCUCCCACAUGAGCCUGAGCUGCGGAUCCUCGCAACAGGCAUCGUCUCCAUUAGCCAGCGUCAAGCUGGCAGGUUUGCUGAAGCGAUUGCAGCCGCCCAGCGAGUCCAGCAAGUCGAGUCCGAGCCGAAAUCCAGAGCCGAAGCCAUCGGGUGGCUUCUGUCUGCGAGUACCUGGUUGUCUUCUUUGCCAUCAUCCAAUAAGCCACGAUCCUUGAUCCUGGUGGAUACAGCAUUGCGAGGGAGCGAGGGCAUCAAAGAAGCACCAGCAGAGCUGGCGGAGGCUGCGGCCAAAGAGUGCCUGCAAGCCUCCCAGAAGCUUGGGUGCAAUGCCCUGCACGCCGCUGCGCUGGACCGCCUCGUGGAAUCGCUGCUUCGGCAGGGUCGAGCAGAGGAGGCUCGGCGCAUUUGCGAGGAGGAGGCGUUCUCCGCCCGCAAAGGCCGAAGUCGCUCAGAGGCUGGUGCCCUCGCUGCCCUGGUCUCUGCAAUGCAGCCCCGGCCUGGGGAUGACACCGAAUGCCGUGACAUCAUGCAAGUGGUGGGCCGUCUCCGCACGCUGGGUCGGGAGGGAGAGGUGGCGCAGAUCAAAGUGUCACUGCUGGCGGCGAAGUCUGUGGCUGAGAGUGCGGACGUGGCGGAACCGCCUGCCGGUAGCUUGGAUGCCGCAGCGUCCCACGCCCAGCGGGCGCUCGUCCUGGCACGUCGGCACAGGGACUUUGGGGCCGAGGCGGAGGCGCUCAGGCUCCUGACCCGACUCCACCGGCAGAUGGGUUUGGAGCCUCCGCGUUCGGAGCUUCGCACUGAGAUUCUGUCGGAGCUGCGAUCGGCUGUCCUUGAAGCGGAGAAGGCCUCUGAUGCCGCCCCGGUCAAGAGGGCGCUGCACAGCCUCAGAGAGAAUGGCAAAGAGGUGGAGUCCUUUCUGUCGCCUGCAGACCUGACAAAGGUCCUGGAGCCUCUCCAGUCUUGGAUGCCGGAAGAGCUCGCUCCUGCGAUGCUCCUGGCCGGACAAAGUUCCGAAGGUCAGGGAUCUGCAACAAUGGACCCACAGCUAGUGAUGGUGGAGAUUGGCCACAAGCCGAUGUACAGCAGUGUCGGGGCUGGUGGAAUUCAGUAUGGCCCAAGAUAUCGCCAGGUCCGGGGGUAUCGGCCUCCCGGAUCGGCACAGCCUGACAGGGGCAAGCCGGCCGUUGUCGCAGUGCUCCGGACAUCCUCAGCUGCAGAGGAGUGGGAGGCGCGAGUGUGGGAUUGGACACCGCCACUUGUUGAUGCAGCCGCUCACUCCUCUUUCCUGUUUGCGCAGCGUGCUUUGGGUGCUCUUCGGCUCGCGAGCCGACCAGGUCCCAGCCGGGCGGGUAACCCAAAGUGGUCCCUUUCGACCGGUGUCGCGCUGGGAAUCGGAGCGCACAUCCGCUGCCGUGCUCACAGCCACAUCGGCCACAACCGCGACCUGUCUCCGCUUCCUUUGCCCUCCGACUCCUGGGCACUGGUCACGGGCGCUGCGUCGGGUCUAGGCUUUGGCCUUGUACUCACCGACGAGGAGUCAGCGCUUCAGAACCUGGACCUUGCGCAGAUCGCAGGGAGCAGUACUUCGGAUCGCAUCCUCAGGGUACCAAGCAGCCUCGCUGACCCUUCGGAAGGGGCAUCAGACCUCUACGAGAAGCUGAAAGAAUUGGAUGUCUGCAUGUUGAUGCUUUGUUCAGAUCAAUUUUCUUACACGGGUCCGUUUCUGAGCCAAAGUGUGGAGAAGCUGGACCGCAUGCUCGCUCAGAACGUUGGGGCAACCGCGGCCCUCUGCCGGCUCUUUGCUUCCGACAUGGUGCGGGCGAAGCGUGGUCGGAUCCUGCUGGUGGGGGCGCCGGCAGGAUCAACUCCGGGCAUUGCAGGCGCCUGUGCGUUCGCAGGUUCGAUGGCCUUUGUGCGAUCCCUAGCAGAUGGCUUGGGCAAGGAGCUUGCCGACCAGGGCGUGGGGAUUUCUUGCCUCGAGAGCUCAUCGCUGGGCCGCGAUGGGUCUCUCACGGAUGCCUUGGCAUCUACAUGCGUGGGCUUCCUGAUCGAAGCUGAAGCUGAGACACCACCGCCAGCGCCAGCCACAUCAUCGUCCUCGGAAGCCAGAGUGGCUCCCGGACAAACCGACGUAGAGCUCGAGGACAGUUGGAAUGAAGAAUACCUUAGGCUGGCAAAGGAAGAGAACUUCAAGCCUUUGCCUUAUGCCGCAGAAAUCGAUCGUUUGCAACACGCACCUCUAUCAGAAAUCUCCAAUGCACUCCUCGCAGGCUUGGCCUGCGCCAUCUAUGUGGUGGCACGGUCGCCCGGAAUCACGGAGGGUACCAUCCGAGUCUUGGCCGCGGCAGCCUCUUCGAUCAAUGCGUUGUUUUUCCUGGAUUACAUGGCUCGAUGGUGGUGUCGUGGUAUGAGCUGGCAGUACCUAUUGAAUCCGCUCAUGAUAGUUGACCUGAUUGGUGUUCUGCCGUUUCUGCUUCGGCCUUGGGUUCCCUCCAUCAGCUCGGUGGAACUCAACUUCCUGAAGCUGAUUCGCGUCCUGAGGAUCUAUCGCUUCUUCCGGCCGAAGGCUUUCCGGAGUUUCCUGCAGAUCCUCAUCGGACCCGAUCAGGCGAAGCCCUACGAGGAUGGCCUCCGAGGAGUCAAGUCCUACCAGUUGCAGGUCUUCCGAACAUUCGGCGUGGUCUUUACACUGAUCUUCGUCACCGCCGGGUUGUGCUACGAAGCCGAGCAUACGGUGAAUCCGCAGUUUGCAGACAUCUUCUCGUCUUUCUACUUUAGUGUGAUUGCACUCUCCACGGUCGGGUUCGGAGACAUUGAGCCGAUGACGGCUGCCGGACGUCUCGUCAUCACGGUCGCCAUCGUCGUGGGGCUUUGCCUCAUUCCAUCUGAGGCAUCGCUUUGA